ACAGACCAAGGGUUUGUUUUCUAUUGCUGCACUGCUGAACUAGUGCAAUAAGUUAAAAUGAGAUAAAUAUACUUUUUCUCACUCUAACUUAUUGCACCAGUUCAGCAGUGCAGCUGAAAAGAACAGAUCACAAGUGUCUGCACUAGUUCAGAGAGUUCAGCGAAAAAGACAGAGGGAACUGUUGCGCAGUGAAACAUAACCUCAAACCUCCGAGCAGGGCUCACGGAAGCUCGGCCACCAGCUCGGCGUCAACGUUAAUUGAUUGGACGAGGUUCCCGUGGCGGACGAAUUGUCCCGAGGCAUCUCCUAGGUGUGGUUUGUGCACGAUAGCUCGUUGAGCGAGCCAUGAUGAGUGCGUUUACACAGAGGCUGAGCCGGCUGCAAUGCACGUACUCGAUGUUGUCGAGGUUAUCGAAGAAGCGCGAUCAUCCGCAGCGGUUGGUCGCGCUGUCAGGCUGUAAGUCCAGCACCCUCGCGUCUUACUGGAAAGCCAUCGACACGGAUGACCGAAAUGAGCCGAUGACUCUUCCGGAACUGAUACAGGAGAACGUGUAUGCGCGUAACCUCUUCUUAAAUUCGACCAAGUACAAGAAGAGCAUCGCGCCGCAAAACACGGCGCACUCUCUCGUCACCAACGAAGAUGCCAAGGAGCUGUUGAGUCAGGACUGGUGCCAGAAGACCGACCGUGAACUGUUGUCCGGUGUCAAGAAGCUCAGCUACAACAUUCGCUACAACGACGAGAGAAUCGACUUGAGUCUGUACGAGAACGUCUUCGUCACGCUGCUUGACCGCCAGCAGAAGCUGAACAAUAAUGAGUUGAUGACGUUGAUAUCGCAACUGAUGCCGUUCCAGCCGCUCUACCAUCAGCACGUCUUCUAUAAGAAGUUUUGCCAUCAGCUGAACCACGAGUGCGUGAAGCGCUUCAUGAAUUCGUCGAUCGACAACAUGCUCGCGCUUUGCGACAUACUCUACGAAAUGACACACGCGCGUGAUUGCGUGUACAUCUGGCAUGCCAUCAAGAAAUUGGGAAGUAAGCCGCACAAACUGGAACCCCACCAUCUGAUUCAGGUUAUGUUCUUCCUCAACGUGUGCCGUAAGCCACCAAUCAACAUGUACGAAUUGGAGUAUCGCUUGGAGCAAUGCUUCGACGACUUGACCAUCAAUGAGAUAGGUAUAGCGGCAUUGGGCUUCUUCAAGACUGGCUCGCGGAUCAAAAGUAACAAACUCCUGAAUCGCAUCAUAACGGCAACCACAAAUAAUCUAGAUCACAUGGACAAUGUUAGUAUUGGAGCGAUCGCCAAGUUGAUACGGCACAGUAUGCAACUCACAGAAAUCAACACGAUCAAAAAGUUGGUAGAUAGAAUAACACCAAUAGAACCUCGGUUAACACUGAUGACAUUGAAUCAUAUCGCGCACGCCACCGCGAGGAUAGCGCUGUACCAUGAGGAGUUUCUGAAUAGGCUAAUUGAAAGGCUGAACAAUGAGUUAACGACCGCGAGGAUAAAGGACUUUGAGAGAUUUAUGUAUGUUUUCACCACUUUCAACAUUGACUCGAGCAAUAAGAUUUAUCAUAACAUGGUUGAAGAAUUGCGGUCUACAUGGUACACGAGAAGAGCGCACGAGAUGAAGGAGCAUCCACAUGUGAUUUCGCGUAUUUUAGGAUUUCUAACAUACGUGAAUGUAUACCCCACGGAUCUGAUCAAACAUAUCAUGAUGCCUGAACAGAUACACAAGUCGUGCCAUGGACAAUUCCAUUCUGUUUCGCGAGAAUAUCUCGUGUUGGAUUGCAGUCUUCAAGUGGAAGUGCCACAUUACGACGGGCAUCUUCUUCGACCUUAUGUGCGCGAUCAAAUGUUAAAGCAACAUUUCCUGAAUUUCCAAUCCGCGGAAUCGAGUCGAGCAAAUAUGUCCAUCACACGCGUACUGCAAACAUGCCAGGAAAUGUUCAAUAAUACGUCGGAUAUAGUGCUUGAUCGGCCGUUACCGCACUUUACGAUACCGGACAUUAUCUUUGUCCUGGACGAACAGAAUCGACUUUUACCCAUCAAGGAUCAUCUGUCCAAAUUCAAAAAGGGAGAGAUUAAAUGGAUACACAAGGAAGACCUAAAGAAUACUAGAUUGAUUGCGCUUAUAGUAGGAUACUAUGGUGUUGUAAUAAGGGACACAAGCUUACCCAUUGGAAUCUUAGCUGCAAAAAUAAGGCAGCUGGGCAAAAUUGGAUACACGCCGGCUAUGGUAUCACACAUCGAGUGGGAAAAUCGUAAAACGCAGGAAGAAAAGUAUGAUUAUAUAAGACAACUUCUAUUUCAAAAUAACACACCAGAAUCGAUCACGUAAUGAAGAUAUAAAAAUGUACAUAGAUUAUUCUCUAUAACGUAUUUUAUGUAAUUAUUCUAAUUAUAUAAAAUAUGUAAUUUGUUCUAAUAUUGUAAUAACAAAUUGGAACAACGUCAUAAUAAAUUGGAUCUGUUUAUAAAAGUAA